AUGCUUGGUGAGACGGGAAACUGCCUGACCAAAGUACUGCGUAUCACAGGAGGCACAAGGAACAACGGGUGCCCUCCUUCAAGGUGGAUAAGAGGAAAAGCCUACUUUCACAGCAAAGGAGGAAGAGGCCUGACGAGGGGUUCCGGCAAGAAGAUCCGUCAUCGUGGGGGACCAGGUCGGGGUAAGAAGUGGGUUUAUGAUGACCCUCCUGUGGGGUCUGGCCAGGAUGCUUAUAUUGUCCCCAGAGCUGUCAAUCGGAACCAAGUGGUGGAUGCAGAAGGGCCCAGAGAGGAAUUACCUGAUACGGAGUCUGUAGAAGAAAUUGUGGUUAGUGGGGAUAAAGUGAGUAGCAUUGGAGGGGCAGAGGAGAAAGAUGGCUUAGAUGAGGAAGACGCAGAAGCUAACAGCCCUGACGGAGGGGAAGGAGACAACGAAGACAGUAUGGAGGCGUCAACACAGAGUGAGGACCAAAAGAACAAAGUGCUAGAGAUGAUGUCAUUGCAGUUCAAUUCAGCUGAUAUUACUGAGGGCUCAUUCCCAGAGGCAAAGAGAGGAAGGCGCAUCUCUAGGUACACAAGGAAACGUAAGUUUGAUGCACUUGAAGGUGAAGACAAGACUCCAGAAGUGGUAAAUCCUCAACAAGUUUCAUCAACUCCACCUGCCUUGCCUCUAGUUGGGAAUACCAUCACAAAUGUCCUCAAGAAAAUAAGAAAAGAAGGGUUGGAGAAUCUCCCAAUGCCAAACACGUCUCCUGCAGUUGUAAGAACAAGGAGGGGAGCACAGGAGCGGAAGUCAGGGAGCGAGAAGGAUUCAAGUGAAGAGACAGCCAGUAUCUCAGAGGCUUCUGAAGUGGACUCAAAAAUGGAGGAAAACACUGAUAGUGGCAAGAACACCCCCAUCAAGCAAUGUGUGAAGAGGGGUCGAGGGAAAGCAAAGAACGUAGCUGAUGCUGAUGUUGGAAAUGAGUCUGGAAAUGAGUCGCCAGUUAUUCCUCCAAAGAACCGUAGCAAGACUAGGUCAAGUUCAGAGGAAGAUCCUCAACAGGAUGGGGUUGAGGUGUCUGUCACACCUCCAGUUAGUGCCGGAAGAGGCAAGGGUAGGGGUCGGGGACAUAUUGAUCCUGAUUCUUCUCUUGCUCCUGUUGGGAGAGGGAGAGGGGCCAAAAGCAUUAUGAAAGAGGAAGCUGUUAAUAAACCUGCUGGAAAGGAAGAAGUUCCUGUACAAAGUAAACCAAGAGGAAAGAUGCGACCUGAAGCCGAGAGGCUGGAGGAGGUGGCUGGGAUACAUUCACCCUCGGCAGUAGGUCGUGGCCGAGGGAGAACUAGAACUUCCACAGAAGAUGUUGGAGGUAGUGCCAGUCAAGGUACUUCCUCUGUUGGGAUGACUGGCAGAAGAGGCAGAGGGAAGAGCAUUGAUAGUGAAUCUACGCCUGAUUCAGAUCCUGGCAGCCGACAGAGACGUAGCAUGACACCAUUGAAAAAUGACACAACAACUUCCUCUGAGCCAAAACGGUCACAGCGCCUCUCCCUGUCACGUGAUGGGCAGGAAACCCCACAGGGAAGCAAGAGAGGUAAGCAGAUAACAAUACCAGAGAUAUUCAAGAGAGACUCGACACCUAAAUCUUACCCAAGUAGAAUGAAGAAAGAGGAUGAAGCAGCCUUUACAAAGACUGGAAAGAGGAAAAAGAAACAUUUUAAAGGUCUGAGUUAUUCAUUCUGUGGCAAGAAAAAGAAGGGAAAAGGAAAGUUACGCUCAGGUGGUCCAGAUGCCUACCAAGAGACUGACUCUGUUGUGUCGGAAGAGGUUGACAUUGAGUCUGUGGAUUCAUCAUCACAGGAUGUCCCUUCACAGCUCUCACAUUACCAGGACCAAGAUGCCUUAGAUGAUGGAGGCUCAGAAGUUGCAGAUAAUGAUGAUGGUGAAAUGGAUAAUUUAGAUACCCUGGAUGGAGAGGGUGAAAUGGAAGAUGACAACAUAGAUGAGGAGCCUUUGGGAAACCUAGAGGAAGAUGCUGUUGUGGAUACUGAGGAUCAUAUAUUAGAUGAUGAGACAGAUGUUACUGAUAUAACAGACAAUAUAGAAGAUAAGAAAAUUCCUGUAGAUACAGAGAACCAAUCUGUAGUAGAUGACAUGAGUAAUGUUGAUUCAUAUAUUGAGAGUAAACCCAUAGUCAGGGCAGUGAUGACAGAAGAGAAGGCUGCAUCAACAGAUCCUGAUGAAGCCAUUCAUAAAACAGAAGAACAACUGAGAGAUGUGAAAGUAGCAACCAUACAGGAUGAUUUAGCAUACAAAGAUGAGGAAGAUGGAAAAUCAAAUGGAGGUGCUGAAUCACCAAUGAGUUUAGCUGAAGAAGAUGUGAAAGAGGAGCCAGUAAAGGAACCAAGGGAAGAGGGACAAGAACAGCCAGAGGAAGGAGAAGAUGCAGAUGUAAAUCUCUCAGCAAAGGAACCAGAUCACAUUGAUCUCCCUAGUCAAGAUACCACUCAUUUGGUAUUAGAAAAAAGUGAUUGUAAAAUGGUUGAGAAACCCACUGAGGAAAGCAUUAGUCUUGAUGAGUCUUCUAAUGAAAUGAAGAUUGAAAAUGAAACUCAUAGUGUCCUUGUCAGUGAAGAAAUAGAGCAAUCCAAGUCAAUAGGUAAGCCAGAGUCUCUUAUAGGGCCAUCCCAUGAAACCCAUGAGAGGCUUGAAAACCUGGAUCUCACAGCUGUGUCCCAAAAGGAACACCUGGCUGGAGGAGACCUGGUCCCACGGGGCAGACGUCGCCACAGCAUCAGUAAGCGACGGUUGGAGGACUUGGGCUUGGAGGGACAUAACUCUGACUCAAGUGAUUCUAUUGGUGAAACUCGAUUACCAGCAGAAGGUGUGAGAAAGAGCAAGAGGUUGAGUCGUAACAUGUCUCCACAUCCUCUCUCAAUAACUGCACCGAGGUCACCUGAAGGACCUGGAAAAGCACAAUCAAAACCUGUAGGAUCUCAGUCAUCAUAUGUUGCUGCUCCUAGUCUUACCAAUGUGCUCUGUAAGUGUCGCAUCAAAGAGAAUCCUCUUGCUGUUGACAUUACAGGGGAUGUCUAUUGUCAAGCCAUAGACUCCUUUGAUGGGCGGAUGAUUGGCUGCUGUAAUGUUGUUACUAAUUAUAGAUACCAGCGUGUAAGUGGAAAGAUUCCAUUUGUUCUUCUAUGUGAAACUCAUCGCCAGAGAUUAAGACGUCACAACUGUUGUCCAUGUUGUGGGCUUUUCUGUGCUCAGGGUGUUUUUUAUGAGUGUUCAUGGGACAAGCAAGGCACACGCCAUUACUACCACAAGCUGUGUGGGUUAGUUCUUUCUGACAUGGUUUUGUGCCCUCACUGUGGCACAGAGGAACCACCAAAAGAAGUCAGGUUAGAAUUAAAACUCAACAGGAAGCCAGUGAUCUACCUAAAACAGCACCAAGAGAGAAAGGAAGCUUCAGCCAGAAUGACUUGGUCAAAGAAAACCUCUCUUGAAGACGAAGCCUUACAGUCAGUGUCACUUCCAGAAGGAGAACCUAGGCUUGAACUCCAAUCUGGGCACAUCAUUUCAGCUCACAAGCUUCCUCUGGGCAUGGGACGAGAGAAGUUGCAGGAAGCCAUACGUUCAAUAUCUUCAGGCAAAGUCGUUAGUGUCAAACCUUCAGCAAAAAGUGUUUAUUGGGCUUGCAAAAACAAUGAUUUGGAAAAGCUUCUACAUGUCUUAGUACAAGGUGUAAGUCCAAAUGUAAAAGUCAAGGAGUAUGGGAACCAAACAGGCAUGCAUGUGGCAGCAUCUUACGGCAUCCUUGCUGCCCUCCAUGUUCUGGUUCUUGCUGGUGCAACUAUAGACAUGACUGACACCCAGCUCAUGACCCCACUCAUGGUGGCUAUAACCAAAGAACAGAAUGAUGUGGUGCACUACCUUAUUCAAGCUGGGGCAUCUCUCAUGGCAAAGACUCAGGAUGGCAUGACGUGCCUUCACCUUGCUGCAAAGGGUGGGAAUCUCAUGGCUUGCCAACACAUUCUAAACUCUGGACGAUUGACUCGCCAUGCUGUUAAUAUGCAGGAUGAAGGGGGUUGGACCCCUCUUGUCUGGGCCUCAGAGAAUAAAUUUACCCAUGUUGUGAAGUAUCUCCUUGAUCGUGGAGGAAACCCUCAAUUGUGUGAUGUAGAACAGAACACUGCCUUACAUUGGGGAGCUUUCUCAGGAGCCUCGCACAUUUGCUCUAUGGUGUUGGACCGUGGGUGCUCACUCAGAUCCAUGAAUGCCCACGGAGAUACCCCCCUGCACAUUGCAGCUCGGCAGAAUAAUACAGACACAGUUGUACUUCUCCUGGCAAGAGGUGCAAGGUUGGAUGUUGUCAACAAAAAGGGACAGAUGCCUAUUGACUGUGCUGUCCCUGAUUCUGAUGUCCAUUUGCAACUCUCUCUAAACAGCAAAUUGCAAAACAUGAUGUCUCAGAACAAUAUCCGUACUGAGAAAAUUCUAAGCAGUGAUAUUGCAGCUGGUAAGGAGCAGGUACCAAUCCCCUGUGUGAAUGGAGUUGAUGAUAACCUGCUGCCCAGAGAUUACCUAUACAUUGCUGAAAAUUGUGAGGCCUCCAAUGUCAUCAUUGAUAGGACCAUUACUUCAUUAAAGUGGUGUGAGUGUGAGGAUGGUUGUAAUACUGACAGUUGUGGGUGUGGUCAGCUGAACUUCCAGUGUUGGUAUGACCCAGAUGGCCGCCUCCUACCUGAUUUCAACUAUAAUGAUCCUCCAAUGAUAUUUGAGUGCAACAGAGCCUGUCGUUGCAACAAGCUUUCCUGCAAUAACCGGGUAGUCCAGCAUGGAAUUUCUGCUCACAUGCAACUUUUCAAAACCAGAGGAAAGGGUUGGGGUGUGAGAGCCUUGAAGACUAUUCAAAAGGGGUCAUAUGUAUGUGAAUAUGUUGGUGAAAUUAUAACUGACCUGGAAGCUGACCACAGACAAGAUGAUUCCUACCUCUUUGAUCUCGACAAUCGGGACAGUGAGACAUUCUGCAUAGAUGCCAGAGCGUAUGGCAACAUCGCCCGCUUCAUCAAUCACCUUUGCGAGCCAAACCUAACACCUGUAAAGAUCUUCAUUGACCACCAGGACUUGACAUUCCCAAGAAUUGCCUUCUUUGCUAACCGAGAUAUAGAGGCAGACGAGGAGUUAGGGUGA